AUGGGUCGCGUUCGUACCAAGACCGUCAAGAAGUCCGCCAAGGUCAUCAUUGAGCGUUACUACCCCAAGCUCACCCUGGACUUCGAGACCAACAAGCGCAUCUGCGAUGAGAUCGCCAUCAUCGCCUCCAAGCGCCUCCGCAACAAGAUUGCUGGUUACACCACGCACUUGAUGAAGCGUAUCCAGCGUGGCCCCGUCCGCGGUAUCUCCUUCAAGCUCCAGGAGGAGGAGCGUGAGCGCAAGGACCAAUACGUCCCCGAGAUCUCCGCCCUCGACUUCACCCAGAACUCCGAGAGCGGCCAGCUCGACGUCGAUGUCGAGACCAAGGACCUGCUGAAGCACCUUGGCUUCGACGCCAUCCCCGUCAACGUCAUCCCCGUCGCCCAGACCCAGGUCCAGGAGCGCGGUGGCCGCCGUUUCGGCGACCGCCCCCCUCGUCGCGACUAA